UUUGAUUUCAGUUUCAUGUGAGUGUGUUCCUCAGACCAGGAUGCACUGCAGAAAAUCUCUUCAGGAGUCUGUUCUUCUCGUGCAUCAGCUGUGAUCAUGUUGUGUUUUUGGGGAGAGCAGAUCAGAGAGGGUUUGGGGCUGGUGAAGCCUGAACAAGUCAGACAUGGCAAUUCUGGAAUACAAUCUGUGUGUCCGAGAUUAAUUGUCCAGGACAUGUCAGCUGGAAGGAGUUUUGCUGGAUUUAUCCGGGAUGGAAAGGUCUCGGUCCUGAGAUUGCGCAGUGAAGAUCGUAAUAAUGGAAAACUAAUACAACUACAGCUAAAGAAUGACAGAAUCAGACUGAUUGUCUGUGGAGGAGAUGGUGCAGUCCUUCUUUCUGAUUUAGGAAAAGUUCUCAUCAUGGACAAAUCUACUGUGUGCAAGCCUCUCAAAGGUCUGGAUAACAGGCAGGUGAUUCAGAUCACAUGUGGAGACCAUCAUUCAAUGGCGCUAACUAAGGAUGGUCAGGUGUUCGUAUGGGGGGAGAACUCUCACGGUCAGCUGGGUUUGAGGAAAGAUCAUCCCGGCUCUCCGUCUGCUCAACAUGUUCAGAGUCUGAGUGGGGUCCCGCUGGCUCAGAUCAGCGCUGGAGGAGACCACAGCUUUGUGUUGUCUCUCUCUGGAGUCGUGUUUGGAUGGGGAAAGAACUCUGCUGGACAGCUGGGCCUCGGAGACACCACAGACAGACACAUCCCAACCAUUUUAAAUAGCCUGAACGGGAAAAAAACUGUAUCGAUUUCAUGUGGAGGAGAACACACUGCCGCUUUAUCAAAGGGUGGCACAGUGUUCACAUUUGGAUCCGGAGGCUCUGGUCAGCUUGGGCACAACUCUUUUAGAGAUGAACAUCAUCCGCGGGUGGUUGCUGAACUGUGGGGAUCUGAAGUGUCACAAGUAACGUGUGGGAGACACUACACACUUGUAUCAAUCACGUCGAAGCUGAUCUACUCAUUUGGAUGUGGGUUGCAAGGGCAACUGGGAAAUGGAGAAAUGAUUGCACAGUCUGUGCCUUUCCCUGUGGAUCUGCCAACUGAAUGUAAUCGUGAAUAUACGAUUGAAAAAAUCAUCGCUGGGGAGAAUCAUUCCUUUGCCUUGUUUUUCAAAGAACUUGAAAGUAAGGGCAAAUCCAAUCCAAGCAGAGGGGUUUUGACAUUAAAUGACAGAAUGAUUGACCGAUGGCUGUCUGGAACUGAUCCAUGGGCAACAAUAAAGCAGGAAAUAAACGCAGUGUUCUCCUCCCCUGCCUCUCUGAAUGGAAGUUUUCUCAAAAUGAAUCGUGAUGAUCAAUAUCCAAGGUCUGAAGAGCAUUGUGGUUUGGAUUUUGAUCUGGUUAAAACAUCCUUUGCAAAGUUAUCAGAGAAUAAAAGCUUGAUGUCAGAGGUAAUGAAGGUGGUUGAACAGAUGCUGCGAUCUCUGAAUCCAAACCCAGUUGGUGAGGAAUCAUUGAGAGUUUAUCUUCUCCUCCCUGAGCUCAUCAGACGUCUCAAGAAACAACAACGAACCGAACUCACUGAAGCUCUGGCCUCCAAAAUCCUUCAGCUGGAUCCGGAUUCUCUCAAGGUGUUAGAGAAGUACUGGUCCAAAAUUCCUGAUGAUUGGCUCAAAGGCCUGGUGAGGUUAUUUCGCAGAGCAUCUGCUGAGCUGAUUGGCCAGAUUUCUUCUGGUAAAAUGGGCUAUGACUUAACUAGACGCCUGAAGAGGUUUUUGAAGAUACUUCAGAUGAUCUAUCAGGUCCACUGCAAUGCCAACAGAGACAUCCCAAAGAGGGAUUUCCUCAUUCAUGAGAUCUGUGAUCUACUAGAUACACUGCAAGCCACCUUCAAGGAUCUGUUAAUGCAGUUAUUUCUGCUAUUGCAGUCUGCUAUGACUGAUGAUUGUGAGGAUAUGCUGAAAUUGAAAGAUUAUUACUUUGGAACCAUUGAAAUAUUGGUCAAGUUCCCUUUUGUGGCUGACACUGUUUCUAAACGGAGAAUGUUUCAUUACUUGCAGUGGCAACUCUUCAAACCCAGGGCCAGUGCCAAUGUGUUGAACAUAAACAGAGAAUCAGUGUGGCUGGACACACUUACGUAUCUCAGACAAAAAAAACACACAUAUCGUAAUCCAUUGCAGGUGACGUUCAUUGGGGAGAAUGGAGUAGAUAUGAGGGGUUUAUCGGCAGAAUUUUUCUCCCUCCUUUCUCAAUCUCUUCUGAAAUGGGAGAAGAAGGUGCUGGAAGUCCAUGAGAGUUCGCUUGUUUGGUUCAAUCCUGAUGGCAUGCAAGCUAAUCGAGAUUUUUACUAUCUUGGUGUUAUCUGUGGAAUGGCGCUCUACAACCGUCAUUAUAUAAACAUUGAGUUCCCACUGGCCUUGUUCAAGAAACUCCUCCAGCAGAGUCCCACUCUGAAUGAUCUGGAGGAACUGUCUCCUGUGGAGGCCAGAAGUCUGAAAAGCCUUCUUGAGGAGGACGAGGAGGAAGUAGUGGAUAUGCUCUUUUUGGAUUUCACGGUCAAAGGAAAAAAACUCAUUCCAAACGGAGAUCAAAUUGAAGUGACCAAAGUUAAUAGACAGAAGUAUGUGGAUUUGUAUGUGAACUUCGUUUUCAACAAGUCCGUAAAGAAACAGUUCAAACAUUUUUCAAGAGGUUUCUAUAAGGGCUGUCCACUUGAUGCCUGGAGCAUGUUCCACCCUGAGGAACUCCAGCAGCUUUUCCAAGGCUCCCCUAAAUACGAGUGGAAGGAACUUCAGCUGUGUGCUUCCUAUGAAAAGUGCUCUGCCUCUGAUGAGCUUAUCAAGAACUUCUGGACUGUUUUCUUUGAGCUCUCUGAGGAGAACAAGAGGAAAUUUCUGAUUUUCUUGUAUGGGACGGACCGUGUACCUGUGGGAGGUUUCUCAAAGCGCUCUCUGAAGAUUUUACUGUUAGACUGUGCUGAUGCAGAUGACCGACUGCCAGAGGGCCAGACCUGUUUUGGCAGAUUAAUUCUUCCCAAAUACAGCGAUAUUAAUACACUUCGCAACAAGCUUAUACAUGCAAUCAGCUUUUGUGAGGUUUUUGGACGAGGGUGAACUCCCCUCGAGGUUCCCAACCCCAAAAUAUAAGCUAUACAGUCACAGAUUUGCCACACAGAUAUAACACAGAUCACUCACUCUUGUUGGGAAUGAAACAUUUUGCUUAAGAUUUAUAUAGGUGUUAUUAAAAAAAAGUAAGUAUUUGUAAAUAAACACAAUAGGAGAGCUAUAGAAAUUUUAGCAAAUUUGGUUAUUUGGUGUUAAAAUAAAUAUAUAUUCUCCUUUAUUAUUUCUCACAUUAUCUUUUAAAUUAUAUAAUUAUCAUUCAGGGCUGCUGCUGGUCUAAUGAGUGCCCUAAGCAGGAUUGUAUUCAGGGUUGGCAAGUUUUCACAACAAAACCUGCCCAAUUGCUGCUCAAAACGAACCCAAUUGCGUUUCGAGCGCGUACCAUGUUUAAAUUCACAUUGUGGGGGGUAAAAUACAAGUUUUGGUGGGGCUCCCUGGUAAAUUAGCAUCUCAGGGACAAAAUAUUGCGUUAUUUGUGUCUCUUAGACCCGCGGACACAAAAAACAACCCACGACAACAGUGUUAAAGUAACCCAAUUCCACAGGAAAACUGCAGACUUGGCAACACUGAUUGAAUUGUUGUGCCCCCUCCCACAAAUAUAAUUGACUACUAUAUAAAAACUACUAUAGGCAUCAAAAUAGAACUUUAAUAAAAUAUCAAAGUAAAUAAGUUGCAUUAUUUACAAAUCUAUAGUUACCUAUGGCUAUAUGAUUUUAAUAAUAUAGGUGAUUGAUUUUAUAGUUUCAAGCAUUCAGAAAUCAUGCAAAAGAAAAUAAAGCAGUUACUAAGCAGUUUUACUAAAAAUUUAAUAUUUUUAUUUUUUGUAACAGUUGUGAUGAUAACAUGUUAUUUUGUUUAAGAAAUUAUAGAGGCUGUGUCAUCUAUAUAUAGCAAAAAAGUGGCCAAAAAUGAUAGAUUAAGUGUAUAUUUCAAUCAAAUGUUUGGUCAAUAGCCUACAAUGAUUUAAUUGUCAUUUAAGUGUAGCUGCAGCAAUUGAAUGGCCUUUGGCUCACUUUGCAGGCAUUUGUAAUAACAUGCAAUGUACAUAAAUUGUUUAUUUUGUAUUACAUUAUGUAUUUUUUAGUGUUAUUGAAUGAAACCAUAUAGUUAUUAAUUUACCAGUCA